AGUGAUGGUGGUGCUGCCGUAGGCUUCCUGAGCAAAGUUUGCUGCUCUAAAGAAGUCUUUGGAACCACGCGCGGGGGAAAAGACCACCAAUUGUGGAAUACUGGCGGUUGAUUGAAGCGCGUGCGAGAGUGACUCCGGGAAGCUUUUCCUGGUGUGUGUGUGUGUGUGCGCGCGCGCUACGUGUCCUUGACGACGGGGGAAUUUUGGGAGCCGCACAAACUAGUUUUGUGUGCUUCGGAGAGAGAGACGGAGUCAGGCGAGCUAGCGCGUUAGCACGGCUCAGCUUGCUGUGUUCAGCUCACGCGAACCGUGUGUUUUUGUACUAGUAGACAAGUACGUUAAUAACGUAAUAAAUACUUUACUAAUUUAAAGAGUAUUCGGUGGUUAAAUAAACGUAUGGAUAUUUUGCUUGAUUCAUUAGCCUGGGAUGAGCAGGUACUUUUGUACCUGUUGCUUACGGCUUGAAAACUCUCAUGUCGGCCAGUGGGGAAUGUGUUUUUUCUUGCUGGAGUUUUUUUUUUUUACAAGAAUAAAACAAACUUAAGGGCGGACUUGAACUGAUAUUGUUGCCUUUACUAUAAAGAUUAUGUUUAAAACGGGGAGCGUUUGUUUAGAAAGUACUCUGGCUACUGUGGAUGUCCGAGCUUCAGAUACACUUUGCACUCCCAGAUUGGUUGGCUGGUUAACGUGGAAACAAAGCAAUGGGUCUCUUAACCUCUGUUAAGCAGGACUUAACCUGAGCAACUCGCCAUUAACGAGACGUUCAUUUGAUAUAAAGUUAACCAGAAUUUGUAAGGAACUUUGUGUGUGGAUGUGUCAGAAGGGAAUUCAACAAUUGGACUAGUUUUUACUUCGAUUUGACAUCAGGGCACCUUAUGGUGUUCCUGCAGGCACAGAGACAUGGAUGUUCCCCAGGCCGUUUUCCCAAACGGUGAGGGGCGCCAGAGCCUCGAAGACCAUGUCUGGACGGAGUCGUCCAAUUCGGGGACUUGGGCUCAUUCUGCUCCCGUGUGUCAUCGUUCGCUCUGGACUGCAGUCUUCGACUAUGAGGCUAGCGGGGAGGACGAGCUUAGCCUGCGGCGUGGAGACGUGGUGGAGGUCCUGUCUAAGGACGCUGCUAUCUCGGGAGACGAAGGGUGGUGGACUGGGAAAAUUAACCGUCGCGUGGGCAUCUUCCCAUCAAAUUAUAUUACGUACCAACCAGCCAUUUAUAGACUUCCCGCCGGUGGCUCAGUUGGGGCUCGUGUCAGUGACCCGUCCGCCCCUGUUCAGAUACCUUUUUCUGAACUUGUUUUAGAAGAAAUAAUCGGCGUUGGUGGUUUUGGCAAAGUUUACCGGGGUACUUGGAAAGAGCAGGAGGUCGCGAUGAAGGCAGCUCGGCAAGACCCUGACGAGGACAUUAAAGCAACUGCAGACAGUGUUAAGCAAGAAGCCAAACUUUUUUCAAUGCUGCAACACCCUAACAUUAUUAAACUGGAGGGGGUGUGUUUGGAUGAGCCGAACCUGUGCCUAGUCAUGGAAUAUGCCCGAGGAGGGACUCUGAACCGCGCCUUGACGGGCAGGAGGAUCCCCCCUCAUGUCCUUGUGAACUGGGCCGUCCAGAUCGCCAGAGGCAUGCAAUAUCUCCACGAGGAGGCUGUAGUUCCCAUUAUUCAUCGAGAUCUGAAGUCCAGCAACAUUUUGUUACUUGAAAAAAUCGAAAAUGAUGACAUUGGUCGAAAAACUCUGAAGAUUACUGACUUUGGCCUGGCUCGAGAAUGGCACAAAACGACCAAAAUGAGUGCAGCUGGAACUUAUUCCUGGAUGGCUCCAGAGGUCAUCAAGUCCUCCCUGUUUUCCAAAGGGAGUGAUGUUUGGAGUUAUGGAGUCCUCCUUUGGGAAUUAUUGACUGGAGAGGUUCCUUAUCGUGGCAUUGAUGGUCUGGCAGUUGCCUAUGGUGUGGCCGUCAACAAAUUAACCCUUCCCAUUCCAUCUACCUGUCCAGAGUCCUUCGCCAAGCUCAUGGAGGAAUGCUGGGAGCAGGAUCCCCAUAUCCGUCCAUCUUUUGCCACCAUCUUGGAGCAACUGACUGCCAUAGAGGAGGCUGUAAUGGCAACUAUGCCACAGGACUCCUUCCACUCAAUGCAAGAGGACUGGAGAGUGGAGAUCCAAGAGAUGUUUGAUGAGUUACGCACUAAAGAAAAGGAGCUCCGUUCUCGGGAGGAGGAACUUACGCGAGCAGCCCUUCAGCAGAAGUCUCAUGAAGAGCUUUUGAAGAGGAGGGAACAGCAACUGGCCGAGCGAGAAAUUAAUGUGCUUGAACGAGAGCUCAACAUCCUCAUCUUCCAACUUAACAAGGACAAGCCCAAUGUUAAGAAACGGAAGGGCAAGUUCAAGCGCAGCCGUCUGAAGCUCAAAGAUGGAAACCGCAUCAGCUUACCCUCAGAUUUUCAGCAUAAGAUCACAGUUCAGGCCUCGCCCACUAUGGACAAGAGGAGGAGCCUUAACAGCACCAACUCCAGCCCCCCCAGCAGCCCUACACUAAUUCCCCGCCUCCGUGCCAUCCAGUUAGUGAGCCACCCAGGUGACAGUAGCCGAAGGGACAGUAUGUUUGUGUAUCACCAAGAUGUGGAUAUCACAAGCGAGUGUACACCACCUAGCGGGUUUAGGAAAAAAGUGACCCUGGACGAGAGCAAUAGGACAUGGGGUCGGAGCACCAAUUACAAACCUGAGGAGUUUGAAGAUGUUAAAAAAGGGUUUAAGAAGAAGGGGCGCACAUGGGGACCAAGCUCCGUUCAGACGAAGGAAAGGGGAAAUGGUGCUGAAAGAGUUCGACCUCUCUCAGAUGGAAGCAGUCCCUGGUCCACUAGUGUUCUGAAAGCCCAGAAAUCUGUUCCAUUAGCUGCGUUAUUUGCAGAGCAGGAAACCGGUAAAGAUGAAAUAUGCUCUUCUGAUGGAUCCGACAACAAACCAAAGCAACUCAAGUUCCCCAACCAGGUGUAUAUUGAUCUACCUAUGUGGAAAGAUGAGCAGGGGGAGAGCCAGGGGCUGGGUGGAGGAGGAGGUGACAGCCAGGAGGACUCUACAACAUCCACCAGUUCCACCAACACCACACCGCAGCACACGCCCACAAACAGCCUAAAGCGCGCCGCCACUCGCCGCCGCAUUGACUGUGUUCUGUACGGAUGCGCCUCCAUCCUGGCGUCCGUCGCAUUUGGCUUUGACCUGCGAGAGGUCUGUAAGGCCCCUGCCAGUGAGGAACCAGAACCACGUGAGGAAAAAAAAAAACGAGAGGGCCUAUUUCAGCGUGCUACUCGCUUCCGCCGCAGCACCAGCCCCCCUAGUGGCAGCUCUCGCAAGGAUGAGGUCACCGCAGGGCCUGUAAACCUGCUCGCCAUGUCAUCGAUUUCAGAGUGUAACUCCACCAAGUGCCUCCUGCAGUCAGAUUUUGUGGUCUCUUCUGGGUACGGUCCAGUGAAAGAUUCUCCGCCCAUUUCCCAGACAGAUCAGAACAGUGUGAUAUCCACUGUGAGAAGUGAUGUUAUCCCCACAACCCCCUUAAAAGAUCAUAAUUUUGGAUCCAACUCUAGGCUUAGAAGAAAGAAGUCCAGUCCUGCUGUGUGUCAAACCAUUAAUGGCAGCAGUAACUCUCAGAACAGCCCUGCUGAUUGCUCUACCGCUUCUUCAUUCUUAAGAAAGAAGCCUGACAGAGAGCCUGCUCAAGAGGAGCAAGCUCACACCGAUUCAGUUUCCAGACCCAGACCACUUUCCCUUAGAGGCAAAUCUCACUCCUGGGGUCUUCUAAAGAGUCGCAACAAGAGCUAUUCUCUCGGGCACUAUUCUGGGGAGAAGAGUGCUCAAAACUUGAACAUUGUCCUCCCCACAGAGGUCAAAAUGGGCUGCUCUUUGUUGGACAUGGACACAGAGAGUCAGAAACGAGACUGUACUGUUCCCCUCUGUCGAAUACAGAGCGGUCCAAGCCGGCCCUCUGUCUUCGAACUGGAGAAAGAGUUUUUAUCCUGAAUUAUGCUGCCUUUUUUCCUGGAGGACAAUCUUACUUUUGUCUUUAAUAUGUCUAUUCUGCAUUUGUUUUUUUGUGUUUUCUUUUUUCAAAAAGAUUAAUAUCAUGGCCUUUGAUCUAUAUUUGAGCCAUUGCUGCUGGAGUUAUUCUAUGGUACUUUUUAUUUAUAUUCUGUUAACUUUGAUAUGUAAUUUAAUAUGAAGUGACAUAUUUGAAGUGAAUGAUCAAUAUUCCAGUGAAUUUACUGUAGGAUUGCUGGUUUGUUGUUUUUACGCAAGAACUUGAAUCAUACACCUUUUAACCUGAUGAACAAUAUCACAGAUUAUUUUAGAAACUACUGAUAUUGAAAGAAUUCAGGCAUUUUAGUCUCUGUCACAUAAUUUCACAUGAAAGUCAUGAGCAGGGCCUACAGUGUUUAUAGAAAUAUGAAAUAGAUGUUGGAAAGAGUUACUAUUAGUGAACUGAUGAAAUGGUAUAGCUAAUUAACAGAUGUUUUGCUCCAAAUAGCUGAACAAAAAAACUCUGAAUUUGCUUCCGUAUCGUAAUAGCUCAUUUGUCCUACACCAAUACAUGAUCUUGCAUUUGGAAGGUUUGUCUGUAAUGACCUGUUUGAAAUGGAUUCCUGAACCAUGCAGUUGUCCACUUUAUUUGAAUGAAAUUGUUUUCUUAACGCUGUAUUGGAUACCCAAUUCAUUGACUUGACACAUUUCAUUUCUGGAUGAAUUACAUGCACCUUGUGACAUUUUUACCAUUAAUUUAAUGCAGUUUUAUGUAAUUAUGUCUGCUCUGAGUGUACACGCUGUAUUGUAGAUCUACAAUACAGGCGUAGUAGUAUAGGUUGCAUUUCUUUAAUUAAUUUAGGCAUGAAUCCAAUGUUGUUGAUCAUCUGUCUCAGUGUUGUUGGGAGGCACUGUCUCAGAACUUUGUAUAUUGAAAUCACAUUGUCAGUCUACUGCCAAUUAAUGAAAAUGAAUGAAAACAAUAUUGAAAAGAGUAUUUUAGCUAUGAUUUCCAUCAUUCUGAUGUGUUAAAUAUCACAUUCCACGUUUGAUACACCAAUAAUUUCAUUCAGAUGCCAGAAUGCUAUUAAAAUUUACACUGCAGAGGGUUCAGUAAAACUUCAAAAUAGAAUGUUUAUCAGCGUAACUUACUGUUAAAUCAUGAUUUGUUGUAUCUUUGUAUGUUAGUUAUUUAAGGCUGCAGCCAUAAAUCCAAAAUGGUCUUUUGACUGUCAAUCUUUAUAUUUUAACUGGACUCUCAUUAUACUUU